GUGCAGAUAUUUACCCGCAAUCCUUGUGUGAUCAGAGGCGAAGCUCAGCGGAUGGAGCUCUUGCCGCUCCCAGCUCGUCCAGACGCAGCACACCACAAACAAAGCCCACAAAUGAACGAGCACAACGUACAGGCGCUCGAUCUCCCCUAGAACGUUCUAGUCUAAACACCACGCAGCAGCCCCCCACUCAUGCAGGACUUCCAGUCCAUCCCGGGCCUCGCCGGGCGUCUGUUCGGCGGCGCGGCGGCGGCGGCGGACAUCCGGCGCGCGCAGGGCGCGGCGUCGUCUCGGUGCGGCGGCGGGUUCUCGCAGGAGGUGGUCAAGUGCCCGCGGUGCGAGUCCACCAACACCAAGUUCUGCUACUACAACAACUACAACCUCUCCCAGCCGCGCCACUUCUGCAAGAGCUGCCGCCGCUACUGGACCAAGGGCGGCGUCCUCCGCAACGUCCCCGUUGGCGGCGGCUGCCGCAAGUCCAAGCGCAGCUCCUCUUCCGCCACGCCGGCCUCGCCCACUGACGCCAACAACGCCAACUCCAAGACCCAGCGCCGUGCUUCGUCGUCCUCCCGGGACUCCAACAGCAACAGCGGCAGCACGAGCCCCACGGCCACACCGUCGUCCAACACCACGCCAAUCACUUUCGCGAAUCCCUUCGCGGGAGACGUGCCACCCCCGGCGCCGAUAUUCGCGGACCAGGCCGCGGCGCUCGCGUCCCUCUUCGCGCCCCCGCCGCCGCCGCCUCUCCCGGUGUUCAACUUCUCGCCGCAGCCCAAGACGGAGGGUUCUGCAAUCAGUUCCGUGGCCGUGCUGCUCGCGGCUGCAGAACCGGAGGCGCCUACCUCGGUCUCUGAGUCGGCUGCCGCCGCCGCUGACAUGGCGCCGUUCAUGUCCCUGGACAGCACGGGCAUCUUCGAGCUCGGCGACGACGCGUCGGCGGCCUCGUACUGGAACGCCGGGAGCUGCUGCUGGGGAACGGACGUCCAGGACCCGUCGGUCUAUCUACCCUAGCUUUGUUUUUUAGUUACUCAUCCAUCGCGAUCGCUUCAAUUAAGCUGUGGUUAAUUGUGCUCUUAAUGACGGCCAACAGCUGGUAAGUACAUCGAUCUACUACGUACAUGCUCAUGCUGUGCUGUUUUGCUGCCUCUGUACCUUAUUUUCUUGACUUUCUGUGGCGGCACCUGCACCUGCACAGCACAGGUUGUGAAACAAAGCUAACCAUCGUGUCGCUACAACUGAAUCACAUCACCACUCUUGUUUAUCUCUGAAUUUCCAAAUCUUCCUCGGUUCCUUGGAUGUCUUUAACCAGGAAUUUGUUGGAUGAAGUCUUCCAUCCAUGCACAGUACUGUAUUUCUAAGUUGCAUCGAAAACAUUUAUUUCGAGGUC